UAAUUAUCAAUAAGAUUAAACGGGUUAGUAGACUUAAAAGUAACAUAAAAAUACAAAUAAUCAAAUAUGAGCAUUCCGGCCAAAGGGCCGGGUUAUAAGCUAGUUGGUUGAUAGGGCAAACUUCAAUCGAGAUCGGCUACAAAACUUGCUAGAAUGCUUCUGGUAUGAUCGAUUUUCGAAUUAUAAAAAUAAUUAUGUUAUUUUAGUGAAUGUAAGUUUUAAAAAAUUCAUUUUUUUUAAAUUUGUGUCUUGAAUUUCAAAAGUUUAAAUAUUGAUGUUAUUUGUUGGUUUCAAGUAUCAAGUUUUGAAUAUUUGUAUUAAACGAUGUAUUUAAAUAUGAGAAGUUUACAUUUAUUAUGAAAUAUAUUUUAUUUAAAUAUGAAUGCAAUUUUUAAAGAGAUUGUCUUCAAAUAUAUUAUAUAUAUGAUUAAAUUAAUUUGGUGUUAAUGAUUUUCUACUUCCUUACAUAUUUUAUUAAAAUCAAUAUGAAUUAUCAAAAACUAAUUGUGCGACCGUUUAGACCAUACCAUUUGUCAAACAAACGGAGCUCAAUAACUAUUACUCUAUUAGGGUUACAAGUAUAAUAUGCCCCUUUAUUAUGUCGUUUUAUCAAACAUGCCGCUCAACUAUUUUUUACAUCAAACAUGCCCCUAUACUUUGGAAAAAUUAUCAAACAUGCCAUUUUGUUAAAAUUUUCAUUGAAAAGAUCACCAAUCAUGGUUGAACCGAGAUUUGGACGAUCCGAUAUCGACAAAUGGGAGGGAAAAUAUCAGUUUUGUCUCGUGUUUUAUUUCUCUGGGUCUCGUCAAAGUGAAAUUAUUAGGAUUAUUUGGCUAUACAAAAGAACCAAAAAAAUUCUAAAGUGAAAUUAUUGGGGAUAUUUUAGACAUUUGUGCCGUCCUAAUCAAAGUUUGGUCGUGGUUAACGAUUUUUGGGUGAAACUUUUAACAAAAAAGCAUGUUUGAUAAUUUUUUCUAAGUACAAGGACAUGUUUGAUGUAAAAAAUAGUAGAAAGAUAUGUUUGAUAAAAUGACAUAAUAGAGGGACAUAUUAUACCUAUAACCCUAAUUAUUACUAAGGGUUAAUACCCUUGUUUGGCACGAAGUAUAGCGUUAGUGACAGUUCUGGUCCCAUUUUUCAAAUAAGACAUUUCUGGCCCACUUUUUAAAUUAUCGGACAAACUUGGCAUGUGGGACGGGUUGACUGUCAGAUUUGACGGUCAACAAUUUUAUCCGAUAAUUUCAAAAGUGGGCAACGGAGAAAAUUGUUGACCGUCAAAUCUGACAGUCAACCCGUUCCACAGGCCAAAUUUGUCCGAUAAUUUCAAAAGUGGGCCAGAGAUGCCUUAUUUAAAAACUGGAGCCAGAAAUGUCACUAACGCUAUACUUCGGACCAAACUAGGUAUUAAUCCUAUUACUAAUUAACCCAUCUUUCUUUUCAUUUUGCCCAUUUGGUUUAGUCAAACUUCUUGACGGCCAAGCAACACACCAUUUUCUCUAUCACCCCUACGGCCCUACCCCAACCAUGGUGCUUUCUUUAUAUAUGUGACCUUCAUCCACCUCUAAAUCAAAGCAAACCCCCAAAACCCACCGUCCACCGAGCUUUCCAAAAUGGCGUCUAUGUUCGCCGGAGACCUCAAGCUCCCCUCAAUUUCCUCCCUCCUCUCCUUCUACGCCUCCUUCUCCGCCCUCGCCAUGAUCAUCCGCACCAUCCUCAACGAAGCCCUCCCCCGCCCCGUCCGCCACUUCAUCGCCGCCAAAUUCUCCGACCUGGUCUCCACCCAUUUCUCCACCAGCUUCACCUUCGUCAUAGAGGACCGGUGGCACGCCGUCACCAACGAGACCUUCCGCGCCGUCCAAGCCUACCUCCCCACCAGAGCCGGCCCGGCCACCAACCGCCUCCUUCUCGGCCACAACGACACCAACAACACCGCCGCGCCGCCGCAGUCCGGGAUCCCCGUCGAGGCCAAAGUUUUCGACCACUUCCAGGGCAUGAAGCUCGAGUGGACCCUCCACGAGAAAGAGACCAAGAAGUUCUACCCACGCCACAGCCACUGGUACGAGCUGAGAUGCAGUAAAAAGGACAAAGACAGGGUCAUGGAGACUUACCUCCCUCACAUUUGCAGAGAAGCUCAGAAGAUCUUCAACCACAGGGAGGUUCUCAACAUCCACACCUACGACAACGACGGCUCCAGCUGGGAAUCCACCGUUUUCAAGCACCCUGCAACCUUCGACACUCUGGCUAUGGAGCCUGAAGCCAAGCGGCGGAUCAUCGACGACCUGGAUACGUUCAUCCAGAGGAAAGAGUAUUUCCAGAGCGUCGGCAGAGCUUGGAAGAGAGGGUACCUGUUGUACGGGCCUCCGGGGACCGGGAAAUCGACCCUGGUUGCCGCCAUUGCUAACUAUCUCAGGUUCCACAUCUAUGAUCUUCAGCUUCAGAGCGUUAAAAAUGACUCGGAGCUGCGGCGGGUGCUUACUGCCACCACCAACCGCUCCAUUCUUCUGAUCGAGGACGUUGACUGCAGCUCCAAGUCAACCAAGCCUCGAGCUACUCGGGAUGACAAGGAGAAUCCUGAUGAAAGUGAUGAUGAGACCAAGGACAGGCUUCCUUUCGACGACCCUGGGGUCACGCUGUCUGGUUUGCUGAAUUUCAUUGAUGGGUUGUGGUCGACUUGUGGAGAUGAGAGGAUCAUAAUCUUCACGACGAACCACAAGGAGAAGCUCGAUCCAGCUAUGUUGCGCCCUGGAAGAAUGGACGUGCAUCUCUACAUGGGACACUGUACUCCCGCAGCAUUCAGAGUGCUGGCAGCCAGGUAUCUGGGGAUUCAAGAGCACUCACUUUACGAGUGCGUCGAAGAUCUGAUGCAGAAGAUUCCGACAACUCCGGCAGAGGUCGCUCAGCAGCUGAUGAAAUCUGAUAAGCCCGAAGUUGCCUUGGAAAGCCUUGUUGAGUUCAUGAAGACAAAAGAGAGCGAGAGUGAGAACAGCAAGUUGUUCACAAAGGAAGAAGUGGUAAUCAAACAAGAAGUAACUAAGUCGACAGAGGAAGAAGUUGCAGAACAGGAUGAUAAGAAAUUAUUGUGAGAGAUUCAGAAAUCGUGUUUAGUUCAGAACUAGUAGGGAAAUGAACAAAGUUGAAAGAU